AUCGCUUAUGAUCGCUGAGGAUAUCUGCAGAUUUCACCGGUGGCCGUCACAAACGUCCGCUGGCAAAUUCUUCCAUACCCGGUAAGAACAAAAGACAUUCCAAUUGCUAACGAAUUCGCUAUGCCUAGAUAAGAAAUAGCCUUGAAGAAUUGCUGGAUGCUACAUUAUCAUAAAAACGUUACCAAAAACCACAAACAUUUAAAAUUAGGGUAAGCUCAACAAACAUAAAAGUUUUGACGGAUACAAUUAUAUCUUGCCAAUCGUCAUCAGAAGGCCUUCAUGUUUUCGUGUGGCUGACUGUGUCUCAAAGAGAAAAAGAUGUCUAGGCAAAUUUCUGCGAUUUACAACAGUAUGCUUCAUAAAUUUUUCCUUGUCAAUCUCCGCAACAAUCACCACCAAUGAAACAAUCUGCUUUUUUCAAAUAAUGACGUUACAUUGGAUAAAAACAACAAUUAAUGUAUGAUCCUGAGGCUAGGUCUAUUCAUUAUUCACAAAAUUUGGCAAUUUUCAUUUCAAGUUACUGAAUCAGGAUUAUUUAUUGUUGUUGAAGCAUUUUCCUUUCAUUAAUUUUAUCAAUUGAACCAACAGUAAUUCGAUAAAGAAUUAGGGCACCUGCACAUUUUCAUCGUGUUGGUUUCAUAAGUUGCAGACGAUAUCAGAUUAAGAUGGAGUGCUGUGCGUCUAAAAUGUUUUGGACACAAAGAUCUGUGUUUAUACUGUACACGUAUGUAGCAAUUGCAAUGCUGUCAUUUGUUGCUGGACAGUCAAAUAAUAGCAGUGGAGACUUUUCAGAGGACGUCAAGUGUACUGUAAGGCAUCUUGAUGGAUAGACUAAUUUUGAGAUACCACUGGAAACAGUUUCAGGACUCUGGUAUCAAGCUGGCAAUAAAAAAAGAUGUUGCAAGCACAGACAUCAGCUUUGGCUUGGUAUUUUCAGAUAAAAGUUUGGGUUACUGGGCAGAUUUUUUGAGAUACUUUCAAGAAGAAAAUGAGGACACCCAGAGUCGUAUAAUGUUUGAUGCAAUAGAGAGCAUGAAAGAGAAGCUGCCAAACGAGCCCCUGGAAACUGGAAAUGGAAAUGAAAAUGGAAUAUUUCGAUCAGCUGUGAUUUCCAAGAAUGUACUAAUAACACUUUUUGGCUGCUGCGCCGUAACAGUGUUGAUCGGCCUCGCAGCUACAGUUCUUCAUAAGCUAUACAGGCCAAAGAAAAGAAAACAAGUUCAAGGCACUGAAAUCACAGUAUUCAAAAAUGGCACAUUGGAAGAUAGAUUUGGAGACUUUUCAAAGACUGUCGAGAGAGCCGUUCUUAAAGAUUUAAGAGAACAAAUUGAGCAGCUACGAGAAGACAUACUUGAACAGCAAUAUGAUAUCAUAGCCAGAAAAUAAAUUGGCUAAAUUGAAGAAGUAAUAUGAUUGCAUCACGCACGUAAACAACGUAGUUGGUUAAAAUAUGAUUGUGACUUAUUCUCAAAGAAAGUUAAAAGCUUUGUAAAAUAUUUGAUUUAGUUCUAAAACUUCUUUUCUGGCUGUAACUAAUGAUUGUAAAAAAAUCUAUAAACUGUUUUUAUUUACGUUCUAUCUAUUUAUCUAAGCUUUAUACCUUCGCAAAGCUUAUUUAAAUUUACAAAAAUUUAAUUGAGAAACCGUGUUGCAAUUCAAUGUCUUUUUCUAAGAAACUUUCACGCCUACAUAAUUCGGUUCGUUUGUUCCCAUUUAUCUUCCAUAUACUGAGUUUUAAAUUUUGUUACGGUUAACAUUUACGCAAAAUUUGUUCUUCCUUAUGCAGCCUAUCAUAGAGCAGCCUAUGAAUUAUCAGUUGAGCUGAUAUUUAAUGACUUUUGUUUCAAUUUUGU